AUGGAAAUGUUGUUAGACCCUUUGAGAGAAUUGCUUUCGGUGCUCGAAGGAGUAGGUCUACCAGCAGACAAAAAAUGCCUCGUCGUGGUGGAUUGGCAUCUUGCUAUAGGGACUAUCGCACGGUUCACGGACUGGGACAAUUAUGACCGGUCCUUGCUCGAUCGUCGCCUGGAGAUACCGGAAAAUGCACCAGAAGAGCACAGGAAAAGGCUGGAGGCAUAUAAUAAAGAUUAUAUUCGCUUCAGCGAGCUGCAGAAACGUGUCCUGGAGGACAAACUCCCCUCACCCUCUACGUUUGCCAAGGAGGCGAUAGCAGACCCGAAGUUAGACGGGAAAGAGGUGCUGCUCAUUCAGAUGCCUGAACCACCUGUCCGGCCAGCACCAGCACAAGCCACUGCCGAAAUUGAGGAGGCUAGAGAUGUUCCUAUGGAGUUUCCUGCAAUUCAGCGCAAGCUCGCUGCAUCAUCGUCGCAAUGA